AUGCAUAUAGGAGAAAAUCCCAAGAAAGAGGUAUUGACCUCGAACGAAUGAGACCUCAUAAACUCCUUGUUCUACGGACCCCAAAUUGCAGAAUCUCAAAGAAAUGGUCGCUUACUAGAGAAAGCUAAAAAGGUAAAUGAUGAUUUGAAGAAGAAAAUUGAGGAAAAGGACCUCAUUAUUGCUAGCCACUCAAACAACCUACAGAAAAUUGCUGAUCUAGAACAGGCUAAUCAAACCCAACAAUUUCUUAUCUUCGAACUUGACAAUUCACUAUCAGCACAAAAUGAAAAGACCAGCACCCUUGAAGAACAACUCACUCUGAAAGAAGUAGAAAUAAAUGAGCUUAAAGAGCAAGCAACUAAAAAUACCUGUUCAUGUUCUGGAAAGGAAGAAAACAAAGAAGAUUGCCAUGAUAACUUCGAUGAUAAAGCUGAGUCAGGUCCUUCAAUAACUGACCUCACUAAGAAUCUUUUAAGAACUCAAAACUAUCUCUAUAACACUAAGGAACAACUCAACCAUUACAAAAAGAAGUAUAAGGCUCUAAAGAAGAAAGUCAAGAACAAUCAAAAGGAAUAUUAUCAAGCUAUGGGUUCAAGUAUCAACAGCUCACAUCCCCCAUCCCAGAGUGAGUCUGAAAAACCAUUAAACGAUGAUGAGUCAUUUAGCUCUCGCUCAUCCUCCCAAGAAUAAAAUCCUAAUAAGGAUUUUAUAGUGAGAGUUCAAC